AUGAUUGUGUGGUUUCUCCUUGGAAGCACCCUGGCCGGUUGUCUGAUCAUUGCACUCUACCGACUCCUCGUCCACCCGCUCAAGAAAGUGCCCGGCCCCCGUCUGGCCGCGGUGACAGGCCUCUACGAAGUCUUCUGGAUCGCAUGGAGCUGCACCAGUUAUGACGAGGAGAUUGAUCGAAUGCAUCAAAUUUAUGGCCCCAUCGUUCGCAUCAAUCCCGAUGAGAUUCACAUACAAGAUGACUUCUAUCAGUCCAAGGGUGCCGACGUGGCUUGCCACUCUUGGCACCUAGAGUCAUACACGCCAUCGUGGCAAUGGCAGACCCCGGCGACCUUGGAUCGUCUUCGACGAUGGUCGUGGUGGAAGAUUCGGAGCCCUCUGCAUGCCGAGAUGCUUGGAUUUGUCCAGCACCUGGUUCAGAAGCAUUUCCACUACAACGAGUCCCGCCGACGGGCGGCAACCGUCGCUUCGAGCUCCGGUAACGAGAUCCUUGGCAUUCGUCUUCUGUUGCGGUAUGACCAAUCCCCGGCAAGCGAUCUUGAGGGGGGAACUGCGGCGAGGACAGUCCCCAGUUCAGUUCGCGGCCGAUCACUUUCUAUCGCCGUUCGCCAUCCGGGCGAAUGA